AUGAUCAGCAGUAUUGACUGGUUUCCACAUGAGGAAAAGACUAGACAUACUAGGGUUAUUCAAUAUGGCGAAGAAGCAGCUGUGGAGGAUAUUCUAGAAGUUCAUGAAGUGAAGAGUGGAAUGGAAAAGGUUGACCUCACGCGCACCUUCACCUUCCGCAACUCCAAGCAGACAUACACAGGAAUUCCCAUUAUAGUGGCAAACAUGGACACUGUGGGGACAUUUGAAAUGGCUGUGGUUAUGGCAAAGCAUGCAAUGUUCACAGCAAUUCACAAGCAUUAUUCUCUGGAAGAAUGGAAAAUGUUUGCUGCCAAUCACCCAGAAUGCCUUGAGCAUGUAGCAGCAAGCUCAGGUAGUGGAAAAGCUGACUUGGACAAGUUAACAAGUAUUCUAGAGGCCAUUCCACCUAUCAGAUACAUUUGCCUGGAUGUAGCAAAUGGCUAUUCAGAGCACUUUGUGGAGUUUGUGAAGUCUGUCCGUGCCCUGUUCCCACAUCACACCAUUAUG